ACUUCUUGUUUUUCAAACAGCAGCGAGACUCUCACGGAUGGCGCUGUGAGGCUCGGAGGACGACAGCAGGGGAGGCGCAGGAGAGCGGUGAGGCUGAGCUCGGCACGGAGCUGCCAGUCCUGCCUGAGCCCUCACAAUGAAUCCUGCUCGGCUUUGCCUUCAACGGGUAUAGGUUUUCUUGGAGACCGUGGGGCAGAUGGCCUCAGAGGGGAAAUCUGGAUGGUUUUAGGCGUCUGAUCAGAGCAGAAGCCAGCCUGGGGACUGCGGUGGCAGACAGGCAAAGCAACUCAAUCCUAAAGAAAUGAAAUCCCCAAGGAGAACCACAUUGUGCUUCAUGAUUGUUGUGAUUUAUUUUUCCCAAGCUACGCUGAACUUGAAUUUAGAGUCUAUUGUUCAUCCCUUGAUUCUCCAUGAACAUGAACCAGCAGGGAAGGACUCACUAAGGCAAAAACGAGCAGUCGCCUCAAGCAGCCCAACAGCUGAAGAGUACACCGUUGAUGUGGAGAUCAGUUUUGAAAAUGCCUCCUUCCUGGAGUCAAUCAAAGCUUCCUUGUACAGCCUCAGUUUCCCAAUUCAAGGGAACAGCACUGACCAAGCCACCACCAUUUUAAGCAUUGAGGUGACAACAGUCUGCAGACCUACUGGAAAUGAAAUCUGGUGCUCCUGUGAGACAGGCUACAGGUGGCCUCGGGAACGCUGCCUCCAGAACCUCACUUGUCAAGAGCGUGAAAGCGUCCCUGCAGGGCAUCAGUGCAGUUGCCUUAAAGGACUACCUCCCAAGGGACCUUUUUGCCAGCUCCAGGGAGCAGAUGUUACCCUGAGAAUGUCGGUCAGACUCAAUGUGGGCUUUCAAGAAGACCUCAAGAAUACUUCCUCUGCUCUCUAUAGGUCCUACAAGACUGAUUUGGAAACUGCGUUUUGGAAAGGUUACAGCAUUUUACCAGGCUUCAAAUUGGUGACUGUGACAGGAUUCAGGCCCGGAAGUGUGGUUGUGACAUAUGAGGUCCAGACGACGACACCAUCCCCCGACUUAAUGCGUAAAGCAAAUGAGCAAGUAAUGCAGAACCUUAAUCAGACCUACAAAAUGGACUAUGGCUCCUUUCAAGCAGUUACUAGCAAUGAAACGAAGUUCACUGUCAUACCAGAAAUCAUUUUUGAAGGAGACACAGUAAAUUUGGUGUGUGAAAAUGAAGUUUUGUCCUCUAACGUGUCCUGGCACCAUGUUGAAAGGCGCUUUGACAUCCAGAACAGCAGCAGAUUCUUGGUUUACACCACCGUGCUCAACAACAUGACCUCUAUAUCGCGCCUCACGAUUUACAACAUCACUCAGGGCGAUGCAGGUGAAUAUAUUUGCAAGCUGACAUUGGAUAUCUUUGAAUAUGAGUCCAGAAAAAAAAUAGAUGUCACGCCCAUCCGAAUUGUGGCACCUGAAGAAAUGAAAGUGACAUGCGACAACAAUCCUGUAUCUUUGAACUGCUGCAGUGAGAUUAAUGUAAAUUGGAGCGCGAUAGAAUGGAAGCAGAAGGGGAAAAUAAACAUUCCAGGCAACCCAGAAACUGACCUAGAGUCCGGCUGCAGCAGAUACACCUUCAGGGCAGAUGGGACUCAGUGUCCCAGCGGGUCCGCUGGAAUGACAGUCAUCUAUGCGUGCGAGUUCGUCAGCAUCCACGGAGCCAGAGGCAGUAAGAACAUAGAAGUGACAUUCACCUCCGUGGGAGAUAAUUCCAGCCACAACAGGGAAGUGCACCAGCUCCCAAGGCAGGAGAUGGAAAUGAGUACAGUUGAGAGCACCACCGGAAACAGCCUAGAAACAAAGAAAGCCCAGGAGCCGCAAGCCAACCUAACAAUAACCCCGGACCCAAUUUCUGUUUCUGAGGGACAAAACUUUUCCAUAAAGUGCAUCAGCGAUGUGAGUAACUAUGAUGAGGUAUACUGGAACACUUCUGCUGGGAUUAAAAUAUACCAAAAGUUUUAUACCGCCAGGAGAUCUGCUGCUGGAGCAGAGUCGGUGCUGACCGUGGAGACGGCGACCCGGGAGUGGAACGGAACCUAUCACUGCAUAUUUAGAUACAAGAAAUCGUACAGUGUCGCGACGAAAGAUGUGAUGGUUCACCCACUGCCUCUAGAGCCGGACAUCAUGGUGGACCCUCUGGAGGCUACGGUUCCAUGUAAAGGUUCCCGUCACUUCAGGUGCUGCAUUGAGGAGGACGAAGACUACAAAGUAACUUUCCAAGUGGACUCCUUAUUCUUUCUUGCAGAAAAAGAAGUUAAUGGAAAGCAAGUAUGUUACAAACACAGUUUCUCAGCAAGCUCAGUUUCCUGGUGUCCAAAGAAGCUGGACAUUUUUUGUCACUUUACCAAUGCUGCUAACAAUUCAGUCCGGAGCUCAGCUAUGAAAAUUAACCUGGUUCCAGGAGAGAAGAUCAUGUGCCGAGAUCCCACAAUAGGUGUUGGGGAACCAGGGAAAGUCAUCCAGAAACUAUGCCAGUUCUCAGAUGUACCCGGCAGCCCUGCGGGUCCCACCGGUGGGACAGUGACUUACAAAUGUGUAGGCUCCCACUGGGAGGUGAAGAAAAAUGACUGCAUCUCUGCCCCAAUACAUAGUCUGCUCCAGCUGGCCAAGGCUUUGAUCAAGAGUCCCUGUCAGGAUACAAAACUCCCAACAUACCUGAAGGAUCUUUCUGUCAGCACAGGCAAGGUGAAACAUGAAGUCAGCUCAUUUCCUGGGAGCCUGGGAGCCAUCAUUAACAUCCUCGAUCUGCUCUCAACAGUUCCAACCCAAGUGAACUCAGAAAUGAUGACGAACAUUCUCUCUACGGUUAACACCAUCCUCAGCAAGCCCAUGUUGAGUACCUGGAAGGUGUCCCAACGUCAACCGACCAACCAGAGCUCACAGCUUCUGGAUUCAGUAGAAAGAUUUUCCCGAGCAUUAUGGUCUGAAGAUAGCACUUUUUUGUCCAUCAACCAAACGAAUGUGCAGAUGAGGAGCAUGAUAAUAAAACCUGGCCAUCCAAAACCCUACAAACAGAGCUUUGUUUUCUCAGACUCAGACCUCUGGGGCAACGUGGCCAUUGAAAAGUGUGAGCUGGGAAGCCUGCCGUGGGGUUCGUCUGUUGUCACUGUGGCUUUCCCAACUCUCAAAACCAUCCUCACCCAGGACAGUCAAGGAAAGAAUGUUGCGAACAGCUUAGUGAUGACAACCACAGUUAGCCACAAUAUAACCAUGCCAUUCCAGAUUUCAAUGACUUUUAAGAACAUCAACCCUUCGGGUGGGGAACCACAAUGUGUCUUCUGGAAUUUCAGCCUCGCCAACCACACAGGGGGGUGGGAUAGUAGUGGGUGUGAAGUGAGACGAGUUGAUGGGGACAGUGUCUCCUGCAUCUGUGACCACCUGACGUCAUUCUCCAUCCUCAUGUCCCCCGACUCUCCAUACCCUGGUUCCCUCCUGGAAAUACUACUGGAUAUCAUCUCCUACAUUGGGUUGUGCUUUUCCAUCUUGAGCUUAGCAGCAUGUCUAGUGGUGGAAGCCGUGGUGUGGAAAUCAGUGACCAAGAAUCGGACAUCCUAUAUGCGCCACGUCUGCAUCGUGAACAUUGCUGCCUCCCUUCUGGUGGCCGACAUUUGGUUCAUUGUGGCCGCUGCCAUCCACGAUCAUUUUUAUCCUCUCAACAACACAGCCUGUGUGGCUGCCACCUUCUUCAUCCACUUCUUCUACCUCAGUGUCUUUUUCUGGAUGCUGACUCUGGGCCUCAUGCUCUUCUACCGCCUGGUUUUCAUCCUGCACGACACAAGCAAGUCCAUUCAGAAGACUAUUGCAUUUUCUCUCGGCUAUGGCUGCCCUCUUGUCAUCUCAGUCAUCACGGUGGGGGCUACCCAGCCCCAAGAAGUCUACACCAGGAAGAAUGCUUGCUGGCUCAACUGGGAGGAUACCAAGGCCCUGCUGGCCUUCGUCAUCCCAGCACUGAUCAUCGUGGUAGUGAACAUGACCAUCACAGUUGUGGUCAUCUCCAAAAUCCUGAGACCUUCCAUUGGAGACAAGCCAAGCAAGCAGGAGAAGAGUAGCCUGUUUCAGAUCAGCAAGAGCAUCGGGGUCCUCACACCACUCUUGGGGCUCACCUGGGGUUUUGGUCUUGCCACUGUGUUCCAAGGAAGCAAUGCUGUGUUCCAUAUUAUAUUUACGCUCCUCAAUGCCUUUCAGGGAUUAUUCAUUUUACUCUUUGGAUGCCUCUGGGAUCAGAAGGUCCAGGAAACCUUGUUAAAGAAGUUUUCACUGUCAAGAUGGUCUUCACAGCACUCAAAGUCAACAUCCCUAGGUUCAUCGACACCAGUAUUUUCUAUGAGUUCUCCCAUAUCAAGAAGAUUUAACAAUUUGUUUGGUAAAACAGGAACAUACAAUGUUUCCACCCCAGAGACAAGCAGCUCAUCCCUGGAAAACACAUCCAGUGCUUACUCCUUGCUCAACUAAGAACAGGAAAAUCGACCCAUGUGUGACUUCUUUAAAGGACAGUGGAUAUGCUCAGGAAAAAAAAAAAAAAAAAAUCUUUUCAAAGCCAUGGGUAAAAUGUUUCCUCCCCAGGCUUUCUGGAGAAGAUGCUGAAGAGACUCUCUCAUUAGGGAAAAGAAGCUUUCUUUCCUAAAGACAGACUAAAUGUAAUUGCUACGUUUAUUUGCUGCCCCAUCCCCACCACUUGUGUGAUACUAAAUGUGUACAGUAUUUAAGUGAGACUCAAAACCCCUGAGGCCCAACCUCCCUGUAUUGUAAAAUAGAAUUUCAAAGAGACAUUUUUCCUUGUCAUACGUUGGGCACAAAAAUAAGCUUUGAUUCAAAUAAUAAGCACAAGGCUAGUACCUAGGAAAUACUUCAGUGAACUCUCAGAAGGAAGGAAGGAAAGAAGGAAGGACACAGGAAAAAAGAAAAAAUAGAGAAAAAGAAUAAGAACCACAUUUUUUUAAAUUUCCAUGUUAACAUAAUCAUUCUGAUACUGCAACAUGGAGAAUACAAAAAUGGCUCAAAAACAGAAACUGAAAUAAAUCAUGGAGAAAGUUUGGUAUUUUCUUGAUAUUUUCUUAGCUACAUCAGAAAAAAAAUUUUUAAAGGCAGUGGGAAGAGAUUGGGAGGAAAUUGUAACAUCAGCACGCUUGCAAGUGGAUAAUAAUAUUGACAAGAAAUGCAUGGAAGAAGAUGUAAUUCUCCUGAUGUUAAACGCACACAGACAUAUGCUGGUGCAUGUGAAGGUUGGAGCUCAGGACAGGGAGCAAGCAGAGGAAAUGGGAUAGCCACGCUUCACCAGAUCCAAGCAGAUCCAACUGCUAGUUACAUUUUCUACCAUUUAUCAGAAAAGCCUUACCUUUUGGUUUGUUCCACUUUCUGAAGGCAAAAAAUAUAUAUUUUUUUAUAUCCAUCACUUGCCAAAUGUGACAUAUGGUGAUCUAAAUGUGAUAUAUUGCACUGGAAACAGAUCGCAACAGUUGUAUAUUGCAUUUAACAGCUUUAACCAGGUACUUCUCUGUGCAUCAUAGGAUAGAUUUUCAUAAUCUUAUGGCAUUGUUUAUCAUUGUUGUUGCUACUGUGGAUUUAGAGGCCCUUGGUGUGUGGUCUAGCCCCCCAUGUAUUAGCUCUUUCAGUCCUUAAGUUCCAAGACCAAUAUACGGUAAGAGUUUUGUAUUGUCUAAUUUGUGUUCAUUCCAACCACUUGGAAAUCCUCUGAAAUGAAAUGUUAUAGUUGGCUACUCUAGGCUCCCAAUGACACUUGACCUUGAUGAGUAGAUGGUGGAGCUUUCCCUGAGGAUUUGGCUGUCUUUGAAUUACGUGCAAGUGUGUGUGUGUGUUGCUGGUGGUGUGUACAUUUCAUAAAAAUAUAAAUAUUUAUUAAAAUAUUACCCAUAUUAAAGUUAAGCAUGUGCUGUAGCCACGCAACCAUACAUUCCAAAUUGAAGUCUGAUCCCAGAGACACAGUGAAAUGGAAUAAAAAUAUGGGGCUACUCAGGGAAUGUGGGCCGUGUGGUCUUCGUAAGGACUGAGAACCAGCAGGGAACCAACCAUCAGGAAGGUGGACAGAAGAGGCUGCGAUGUAGCAACCUUUUGUUCAUUGAGUUUUGAAGGAGUUUUCUUGUAACAUUUUAACUCUUUAACAUUUCUUCUUUUUAUUUUUUAUUUUAAAUUCUACUUCUGCCUCUCUUUUCCUCACGGAGAGAAGCAGGUGGGGCAGAUAGAAGUCUGAAUAGUGUUUCAAGUAAAUGAGCUGCUCAUUUUGACACAUUCACCAAUGAUGUAGACAUCUACUCCCACGUUUGCCUGGAAAUGGUCACAAAGGAAAUGAUGAAGCUAUAAAAUUCUCCAGGGAUGGUCAGCUUGGGGCAGAAAUCAGACCGAGGUGACAGAGCCGGAGGCUAGGUUGGAGGAUCAAUGGGAUGAGAAUUAGAGGUUUGAGAGAGAAUGGCUUUGACCAAUAUGGUUCCUGGAGUGAUCUCAAGGAUAACGGAGGCAAGGUUAUAUAGUACAGUGUGUGAGCCUGGCCAUCGUGACACGAUAGGCCAAAGAAAGCGGAGCCUUCAGAAGGAGCUCCAAGAUGACAAUGGGACAAGAAGCACUGACCUUCCAGCCAUGACAGUAGGGAUCCUUUGGGAAUCAUUGUGUUGUGAAGGAACCUCUAUAAUGGCAGGAACCUUCGCAGCAUUCAUAGGAUGUGGUUUGGCCCUUUGCCCACGUCCAUUUACUGAGGCACGUUUCCUUACCCCCAGCACACGUGCGUGCACACACACACACACAUGUGUGCACGUGGUUUCUAGCUUUCAAGCCACCACACCAGAUCGAAAUUCCAGAAAACCCAUGAAAACAAAAACUUAGAGAUGUACUUGCUCAACUGCAAGAGAGUUUAACCACUGCUGUUGGCCAAGAAUAUCCUAAAAGAAACAAUAGAAUUCAAUAUUGUGAAAAGAGAGCCAUUCGUGAGUCUGUGAGGUCUGUGAAAGCAGGAGCCCUGCCUGGUCCUGUGUUCACAAGUUCUCCAUCAACAAUGACUGCAAGGAUUUUAGCAGCAGAUUUCUGAGGAAGAGGAGGAAGGAAUGUCAGCUCUGAUGGUGGUACAAAGUGAGAUAUAUGGUCUGCCCUGCUUGCAAAGUGCUCAGUGCUUCCCCAUGUGCCUGACCUGUCAGUGGCCAAAACUUAACUUGCAUUAAAAGGCCUUCUAUUAAGUCAGUUUCUUGCAAAGGGGUCUGUUCUAAUGCUUCAGAGGAUGUGAGGUGAGAGCGUUCACAAAGGAGCAACUAACUAUCUGAGCUAUUGAAAUAUUCUCUGGGAAUAUUGUUAAGUCCAGUGUGACACAUCAUGUCCUGAAGGAGUUGUGUCUGCCAUCCUCCCCCCCCAUUUCUUAUAGAUGGAAAAAGAGAUAAAUAAGACCCAUGGGGUUUUCAGAAUAUAAGUUGCUAAGGUCAGAAAUUAAGAAAUACUGGAAAAUUCUAGUCUUUUGUCAUUUGUGUAAAAGAACUUCAGAAAGAUCAGUGUAAGGAAGGUAAAAAAUAAUUAUAAUAAUAAGUGAUAUGGGGAUGAGAACGAGCAUAGUGACUGUCAGUGUAGACCCAGGGGAGGGAGUUAUUCUGAGGUGAGAGAAGAAAGUCACAACCAUUGGAGAAGACAAAAGGAAACCAGCACAGUCCCAAAAAUCCCGUGUAGAGGGAAAGCAUUUGAUCUGUGGCACAUGAAGGUGAUGUCAGACAGAAAUUGUGCACCCCAAAGAGAGCCAUGACCCAAGCCAAUGGAAGUCUGCUUCCCUGAGUGCCCAAAAUAAAGAAGGGGCUUACAAUGGAUGUUAUCUUUCUUAUGUAUUUUUUUUUUUAAUGUCUACGAAAAUAGUGUCUCAUCAUUUGACAGAUGUUAGCUUUGGAAUGAGAGGCUAUAGAUUUCUAAAAGUGUGACUUGGGAUAUGAAAUCAUGUCAUCAUAGUACACCAGCGUACAGCUAUGUGUCCUGUCCAUGCUUAUAACAAUAAAAUAUCUAGUGAGAUCUCA